GGCGGCUUCCGGCGGGGUGACCUGGGCGCGCUGGCCUCGCCGGGACCGGGAGCCGGAAGGAGACUAUAUUCAGGAACUUGGAAGCACUGCCAGUAUGUCUGAUGUUCAAGAAGCCACUAACCAGCUCCUAGAUGUGAACCUUCAUGAGAACCAGAGGUCUGUACAAGUGACAGAAAGUGGCCUCAGAAGUGAGUCUGAACAUCUCCAAGUCACUAUUGGAGCCACUGUGCCUACUGGUUUUGAGCAAACAGCUGCAGAUGAAGUGAGAGAGAAAUUGGGGUCAUCGUGCAAAAUCAGCAAAGACCGGGGCAAGAUAUAUUUUGACAUUUCAGUGGAAAGUCUGGCUCAGGUUCACUGUCUGAGAUCAGUUGAUAACUUAUUUGUGGUUGUUCAGGAGUUUAAGGAUUACCAGUUCAAAGAAACAAAGGAAGAAGUUCUAAAGGAUUUUGAGGACUUGGCUGGGAAGCUUCCAUGGUCAGACCCUUUAAAAAUAUGGAAAAUUAACACUUGUUUCAAGAAAAAAAAAACAAAGCACAAAAAGAUAAAUCAGAAUUCAAGUAAAGAGAAGAUUGAAAGUGGACGAGGAGACAAAACAGAUGAGAGAGAUAUCAAAAAAGAGUUCACUAACAAUGUCUUAGAUUCACAGAUCUUAGACUAUUAUGAAAAUCCAGCCAUCAAAGAAGAGAUAUCAGCAUUAGUAGGUGAUGAUUUGACAUCUUGCAAAGAUGAGACUGAGGAAAGCUCAAAAGAAGAAACUGAUCCUGAAGUGCUGAAGUUUAGAGUCACAUGCAACAGGGCAGGAGAGAAACAUUGCUUUUCCUCAAAUGAGGCGGCAAGAGAUUUUGGGGGUGCUGUUCAAGAUUAUUUUAAGUGGAAGGCUGACAUGACCAACUUUGAUGUGGAGGUUCUUUUGAAUAUCCAUGAUAAUGAAAUUGUCGUGGGCAUUGCAUUGACAGAAGAGAGUCUCCACCGAAGAAAUAUCACACAUUUUGGACCCACAACUCUUAGAUCUACUCUUGCCUAUGGGAUGCUCAGGCUCUGUGCUCCUCAGCCUACUGAUAUAAUAGUUGAUCCGAUGUGUGGAACAGGGGCAAUAUCGAUUGAGGGGGCUACAGAAUGGUCUAACUGUUAUCACAUUGCUGGUGAUAAUAAUCCGUUGGCUGUGAAUAGAGCAGCAAAUAACAUCUCAUCUUUAUUGACCAAGAGCCAAGUCAAAGAAGGCAAACUGUCCUGGGGCUUGCCCAUAGAUACUAUUCAGUGGGAUAUCUGCAACUUGCCACUAAGAACUGGCUCUGUGGACAUUAUUGUAACAGACAUGCCAUUUGGAAAAAGGAUGGGCUCCAAGAAGAGAAACUGGAACCUUUAUCCAGCUUGCCUACAGGAGAUGAGCCGUGUCUGCAGGCCAGGGACAGGCCAAGCUGUACUACUGACCCAGGACAAGAAAUGCUUUACUAAGGCAUUAUCUGGAAUGGGACACCUAUGGCGGAAGGUACAUACCGUCUGGGUCAACAUAGGGGGUCUUCAUGCUGCAGUUUAUCUUCUGAAACGUACACCUCAAACUUUUGUUCCUUCAGAACAAGAUGGAGAAAGACCUCCUUGGUAAUGCAAAGACUGAAGACGAUUAGUAGUGCGGCCAGUGCUUCCUGACAGUGGAAAUGUCAGCAUGAAGAACUUGCUUUGAGAGAAAAAUAGUACUAAUAAAAGUGAAGUUUGGUAUAAAUCUCUUCACCCUAGAUAGCAAAAGGUGUGAAUAGAAUGGAACAAGCCUUAAGAGAAAGCAGAGCUUUUCUUUGGAGCUGUUGUAGUUGGGCAAUUAGUACUUUUCUUAAAAUGCUUUAAAGAUGCGAAGCCUACUAAAAUACUCUGGGAUUCGGGUUUAGAACAUUUUAUUUUCAGGCUUUAUAGCAGUUCCUGUUUUCCAUUGUAGCAGGUAGAAAGCUACCCUGGCGUAAGGGAAAGGCAGAGAGCACAAUCAGAUCAUGAGGUUACAUUUCAUUGCCUCUGCAGCAUUGUUAUUUAGUUGCUCAAGUUCUUCACCUCAACUUUAAAAAAUGAAGAUUACACUUUGUAAAAGUGUUUGCCCCGUGACAAGAUGAAAUCUCACGAGACCUACAGAAAAGUUUACUAUCUGCUUUAAAAAUUACAAUAUGCAUGUUAUUCAGAUAAAUAGAUAGAACUAAAUAGACAUUUCUAUUUGUAAACAGCAGUGAUUACACUGGUAGAUGAAGUAUGGGACCAACAAGCCAUAUUUAAAGAAAUUUUAUUUUUCUUUCAGUACACAAAGGUGGUGAUGCUUUUCAAAGUCAAACAUAAACCUGUCAAAGUAUUUUUGUUGGCUUCUCUAAAGGACUAGAGAACAAACUGAUAUAUCUUUGAAUUAAAAACUGUGUAAGUUC